AUGGCCCAGGCAACCCCCACCUUCACUCCAGACUAUGAAUUCACCGAACUUGAAACCCCGCGUGGUCUCAGUGGUGGAAGCUUAUCGAUAACUGCCCUGGCCCGAUUUGAAUUCGAGGCGGGCAAGGGAAAUGAAGGUACUAAGAUUCUGAUGAUCGAGUGGGAAGACGACGAUCUCACUCGAUCUUCUGUUGAAGGAUCGUGGCAUGUAUCUUGGGCUGGAAAGACGAAUGUAUUACCCGCAGAUGAACGGCCAAGUGAUAGCUUACGGCGCUUUUACUUCUUGCUUCCGCCGCAUGCUACCAUUCCUCCCGUCGUCACUCUUUCAUACGAGCCGCGGUCUAUACCCUCAGAGGGAAAUGAUACCAAUGUCCCGCUGUCUUCGACGACACGUGACGCUCUUCAACUCAAUCCUCUUCCUGCCAUCUUUCCUCCUGAACUGGGUGCAACUGGCCGUGCAGCGGGUAAGAAAGGCGUGUUGCACACAAUCUGGGGAAAGAAACGACUCCGAGUUCUCGAGAAGGAGAUUGCUGCUGAAUCUCAGAAUAACGUAGAAGGAAUUGCUCUCCAUAUGGCUAUUCAAGAGAAGGAGUGGAUUGAGGAUAACUUCGGAGUAAUUCCCCGUACUGGUGACAGUCUCGGUGGCAGCCAGGAUUCUUCGAAUUCGUCUUCUGUGUAUCCCGCAACCCCUGUAUCGCCUAUCAGCGGAAGGAAGCUGUCCGACAAGCUCAAAGGUCUCAAGUUGCAAACUGGCGAAAAGGAACUGUCCACUAAUGGCGGAUCAACUCCAGACACUGCCCAUUUAUUGUCACCCCAGUCGCCUGAUGUUGCCGUUUCAUCGUUCAGCUCUUUCCGCAAGAAUAUUCACUCAAUGCCGACGCCUGUCACCAAUCCCACUUCAACACCAAUGUCAAUUAGCAAUCUCUCGGCUCCCGAAUCACUGAGGCCUGUUGCAUUCUUCCCUCCAGAAGAUGUACAGCAAGCCCAGCAAAACAGUGGGCCCACCGGAUUCGCAGCCAUGGGCAGCGCACUCGUGCAAGUCCCGAGUAAUGAUAGCGACGAACUAUUCGCAAAGGCUCUGAGCCCGCGCUCCCCGGACCUUCCCCGGAGCCCAUUCUCGUUCACUUAA